CUUCUGUCUGGUGCCUCUUGUCAACACCCCACCGUUCCUGGGGGCCUUUUUUUUUGUCGGUGUUUAAUCGGAUUGAAAGGGCAUCUUUUCUUUUUCUGACUUGCCAUUUCUGUUCUGUUCCCUCUUUUUUUUUUCUUCUUUACCCAAUUUUUGGGCUCAUUGAACAAGUGCCAAGCUGGCCAUGUCGUCCACAACCGACGCGGAUGGCACUGAGGAUGUCAACGACUUCCUUUUGCGCAUCCGCGAAUUAGGAGAGAAGCGCGAUAAAGAGGACGAGGAACGCACAAAGAAGUUGGAGGAGGAAAUUCUGCAGGGUCGGAAGGAAAGACAGGCUCGGAGAGCUGAGCGGGCACGGUCGAUUUCCCCCACGAAAGAUUCACCGAUAUUAGAUCCCGCUCGGUUGAGCAUGUCUUCUUUCAGCCAGCGAGCGAUUGACCCCCCGGAACACCUCGAGCCUACCCCUCACACCCCGGGGCAUGACACUGGCAACGGGGUUGAGUCGGUUCGAGAUGACGCAUCGAUAUCCACCGACAAUGGCCGGAGGGGGUCUACUCUGACGGCAAACGAUGGAGAGACGGCUUCCAGACCUAUCUCACCUUUCCGGAGCAGAGCCGGCACUCUCUCCUGGCAACAAAGACCCACGUCUCGGGAUAGCAGCAGGGCUUUCUUCUCCGCGUCGCCCUCGCGUGAGAGCCGUUUUAGAGCCAUGUCCACAACGUCUAAUGAUGAUCAUGGGGUAUCUAGGAGCCCAUUCGCGUCUUCUCCUUCGUUCAAGGACGUACCGUGGGCCCGCCACACAGAGGGAGGGAGCCCGUCUCCGACCCGCGCAAAGCAGGUAGAGGAAGACUCACUGCACCCUCUGCACCCUGAUACUGGCGUCAAAGAGUCGGAGGCGAACCAAGAGCACACCACAGAGUCGGCGAAGGAAGCAGAAAAUAACGAGCUCGUGGAAGAGCGAUCGCGGUCUCCAUCAAGGGCAAGCUCGACGUUUGCCGAAAGCAGUUUGGGUAAUCGGUAUUCGAGCAUAUCUUCUGUGUCGACGGCCACUGGGCUUGGCUCUCCUUUGCCUCUGACGAGCGCACAAAAACUCGAGCCGCGAAAGACGGAGGACGUCGCAGAUGACCAGAUAGCAUCACCCCCUUCGCCUAGGCGUUUGUCUCCCGAGCGUUCUACGUCUCCUACCAAGGGGCUCGGUGGAUUCGUGCAAAGUGCCAUGAUGAAGCGAUCAGAUAGCGUGUCUAAACGCUGGAGCGCUCAGCUGCCGUCGGGGCUUAGUCGGGGUAAUUCAAUUUCUAGCAACCGCAACAGCUUCGCUGCUCCUUCCGGCAGUGAUGUUUUCUCCACUGCGCCUUCAUAUAGAAUGAGCAGGGAUGGCGCAAGUCUUUCGCCCUCGCGGCCGACCUCUAGCCAUCGACCCGGUUCCAGCCAUAGGCCUGGUUCUAGCCACAGACCCGGGUCUAGCCAUAGCGAAGCGACUGUCGUUCAUCCGGUCAAAGAUAGCGAACGACCAGCUACACCUCCCGUUCCGGGCAGUAGUGGUGCGCGGCUAGAUGAAGAGAACCGCAGACCCUCUCUGAGUCUGCAUACACGGUCUACCAGCACCGUUGAGAAAAGCACGGAUUCCAGCUCGUUACCACCAUCAAGCCCGUCAGUUUCGAGAACGAUGGAUCCCAAGAGAUGGAGCCCGACCAAAGCUUCCUGGCUCGAGAGUGCUUUGAACCGCGAUGAAUCACCUAGGCAUAAGCGACAGCCCUCUCAACAGGCUUCUUGGGUCAAAGAUCGGCAAUCAAGAGGUAGCGUUGACUUGGGUCGAACCGCAAGCUUCAAAGAGGUCACACCCGUGGGCCUUAUGCGGACUACUGCUCCUGGUGGUCACUCGAAGACCUCCAGUAUCACCGGCAUCCCCGACAUAUUUUCCAAUCAAGAUGCUGGGAAGACAAAGGAAGCAGAUCCCGAAACCACCGUACAAAGUGCAGAUACUCAGGAUAGCACUUUACCACCUGCAGAGAAGACCGAAGAGGCCUCUCCUUCGAAAGAAGAGUCGCCUACCAAAACAGAGGCGGAGCCCGAGAAAACGGAAGAUGAGGCUACUAAACACAAGCGUACGCCGUCUAACCUGAGCCCAAUAACCAAGACCACUAUCGAUGCGCCCCUGGCAUCCCCUCGUGAUCCGCUGUUGAAUCGGCCCAAGCCUCUGUCUCCUGUGAUAGAUUUCAGAGCCAACCUUCGACGCAGGGAAGUGGUUAAGGAUGAGUCACCCAGGGAGGAACCGGAAUUCAAGAAUAUCUUUGGAAGGCUGAAGAAAGCAGAGUCCUCAAAACACGUGCCGCCGGACGAAUUGAAAGAGAAUAUCCUCAAAGGCAAGGCAGCUCUGAACUCCUCGGGCGGACCAAAGAAGUCGCAGAAAGUGGAUGAAUUGAAAGACAGCAUCCUGAAGCAGAAAGAAGCAAUCAAAGCCAGUGGGGGCUCGCUGAGACGUAAUACUGCGGGGGAGAAGGAUGCUCCUGGCAAAUUUGUACCUGAAGCAAUUGCAAUGCGGAACAAUUUGACCAAGUCCAGCAGUAUCAAAAGCAAUCUUUCAGCAGCCGAUUCUUCGUCGCCGCUUUCGCCGCUCUCGCCUAGAGAGCCGGGCACACCAAAAAGCACGCAUGGCUUCCAGGUUGCAUCGCCACUGUCCCCUGCCGGCGCUGAGCCCCUCGAAAAGUUCCAAGGCUCGCCAAUCGCUCCAGAACCACCCAAGCCGGGCGUUGAUGAUACUGCCGAGGAGGCCGCCCAGCCAAAACUGCCGGAACAAGAGAGAGAAUGCGAACAUGAGAAGACAGACGGGGCAGAGGUGAACGCUGAAGAGGUAAAGGAGGAGGGCAUCAAUCCGGCCGAUUAAACCCUGCCUUAGCGGGGCUUUUGUCCCGUGGCCCGCCCGCACCGAUCAACGGGUCCAUGAAAGGUCCUUCUUUCGGCAGUGCUGGGGAAAGCAGCAGCUCAGGAG